AUGUCAGCAGCCAAGUUACUGUUUGACUCAGGACUGAAUGUUGUUGUAUUAGAAGCCCGUGACAGAGUUGGAGGCAGAACAUUCACUGCAAGAAAUAAGCAAGUCAAGUACGUAGACUUGGGAGGAGCUUAUGUGGGGCCAACACAAAAUCGUGUCUUGCGGCUCUCUAAGGAGUUAGGCCUUGAGACAUACAAAGUCAAUGAAGAAGAACAUCUUAUUCACCAUGUCAAGGGCAAAUCAUAUCCUUUCAAAGGCCCUUUCCCUCCUGUGUGGAAUCCCAUUGCUUAUUUGGAUUACAAUAAUCUGUGGAGGACGAUGGAUGAAAUGGGGAAGGAGAUUCCAAGGAAAGCUCCCUGGAAGGCACCACAUGCUGAGGAAUGGGACAAAAUGACUAUGCAGGAGUUUCUAAACAAAGUGUGCUGGACAAAUGCUGCCAAGCGGUUUGCUACUCUGUUUGUGAAUGUGGAUGUUACUUCUGAACCACAUGAGGUGUCUGCUCUCUGGUUCCUGUGGUAUGUUAAGCAGUGCGGAGGGACAACCAGAAUAUUUUCAACUACCAAUGGAGGCCAGGAGCGGAAAUUUGUUGGAGGUUCUGGUCAAAUUAGUGAAAAAAUUAUGGAAUACCUUGGAGACAAUGUUAAACUAGAGAAGCCUGUAAUCAGCAUCGAUCAGACAGGUGAAAGUGUCAUAGUGGAGACACUAGACCACAAAACGUAUGAGGCUCAGUAUGUUAUUAGUGCCAUCCCCCCAGCUCUUGGUUUGAAGAUUCACUUUAAUCCACCUUUGCCUUCACUGAGAAAUCAGUUGAUUAAUCGAGUUCCUAUGGGAUCAGUCAUCAAAUGUAUAGUGUACUACAAGGAAUCAUUCUGGAGAAAAAAAGAUUACUGUGGUACUAUGAUAAUUGAAGAUGAAGAAGCAGCAAUUGGUUUGACUCUAGAUGAUACCAAACCUGAUGGAAGUUUUCCAGCCAUAAUAGGUUUCAUCCUUGCACGGAAAUGUAGAAGAUUAGCACACCUUAGUAAAGAAGAAAGGAAAACUUUGAUCUGUGAGCUCUAUGCAAAGGUGUUGGGAUCACAGGAGGCCUUACAUCCAGUGCAUUAUGAAGAGAAGAACUGGUGUGAAGAGCAAUAUUCUGGAGGGUGUUACACAGCCUAUUUUCCACCUGGGAUAAUGACACAGUAUGGAAGGAUCAUUCGCCAGCCUGUUGGGAGGAUCUUCUUUGCUGGCACUGAGACAGCUUCAGAAUGGAGCGGCUACAUGGAAGGUGCAGUACAGGCUGGAGAGAGAGCAGCCAGAGAGAUACUAUUCACUAUGGGGAAAAUUUCGGAAGGAGAAAUCUGGAAACAAGAACCAGAAUCACAUGAUGUCCCAGCCCUGCCAAUCACUAGUACCUUUUGGGAAAGGAACCUGCCAUCUGUACCAGGACUGCUGAAGUUAAUAGGAUUUUCUACUUUUUUCACAUCAGUGGCUGCAGCUGGACUCUUCGCAUAUAAAAAGGGCCUGGUGGUGCGAAUGUACUAAUGUGAAGCUGUUUUCCUUUGUGUGCAUUUGCACAAUUCUUUUAUCUUGCUGAGCAGUGAUUAUUGCAAUUAUCUCAUACACUUACCUUGUGUA